AUGCUUGUCUUACCUUUCACGGUCGGGUCGCUUGUGCUAUCCGCCAUCUCCGCCGCACUUCCGACGUCUGUGUCUUUUCGUCCCGCAGAGAAGGAGCUUACGCCUCUCCCGUUGGUGAUAUGGCACGGCCUAGGUGAUGACUAUGCUCGCGAAGGGCUUCGCGAGGUCGCUGCCCUGGCUGAAGAGGUUAACCCGGGGACCUACGUGCAUAUCAUCAAGUUGGCGGACUCUGCUUCCGCGGACCGCCAGGCAACCUUCUUUGGCAACCUCACUGAGCAGGUAGAGGAUGUCUGCGCGCAGUUGGCAUCAGAGCCGAUCUUGAGCACUGCACCCGCUAUCAACGCCAUGGGAUUCUCCCAAGGUGGACAGUUCCUGCGCGCCUACGUCGAACGUUGUAACUUCCCGCCGGUCCGCAACCUUGUCACCUUUGGGAGCCAGCACAACGGCAUCUCGAAGUUCCAAUCAUGCGCCAGUGCUGGCGAUUGGGUUUGCCGCGGUGCGGAGGCUCUGUUGCGGUCCGGAACGUGGACAGAUUUCGUUCAGUCGCGCCUGGUGCCUGCACAAUACUUCCGUGACCCAGCGGAGCUGGAUUUGUACCUAGAGCAUAGCAACUUUCUGGCAGACGUGAACAACGAGCGUGCCCUGAAGAACGUGACCUACAAGAAGAAUCUGAUGUCGCUGAAUCGGUUUGCAAUGUUCAUGUUCGAGAACGAUCAGACUGCUGUUCCGAAGGAGAGCGCCUGGUUCGCCGAAGUCAACAUGACUUCUGGGGAGGUCACACCAUUGAAGGAAAGAGAGUUGUAUAAAGAAGAUUGGCUAGGAUUGAAGGUGUUGGACGAGGAGGGGAAGCUGGAGUUCAAGACUCUUCCGGGCGAGCAUAUGCACUUGACUGAAGAGACACUAUCGGAUGCCUUCAAAGAGUAUUUCGGUCCUGUGGAGCUUGAUCUGGCACCAACUGGAGUCCUUACGAAGCAAGGCGGAAAUUGA